AUGGGCUGUGCUCCAUGUAAAAGAAACCAAUUAAAUAUCAAAGACACAAGAGUCCCCAAUCCAAAAAGUUUAAAUCGUUUCGAAUAUUGGUACCAAAUUUUUGAUUUUUUAGAAUUUGAAGAUUUAUUGAAGAUUUCAUCUGUUUGUAAAAUUUUUCAUGAACAAACUGCCCACCCAAAUGUGAUCAACAAAUUUAAGAGUUUUGGGAAAAAUUGAAGAAUGGAUACUAUUACUGAAUGCCAGAAUACUAAAACAAAGCCUGAACUUGUGAUUUAUGAUAGCUUUGACUCAGGACACACUCCUGGAUUUUUAUCUCCAAAUGAUGCAAAUCGGGUUAGUAGCGAUUUUAAAAGAGAAACACAAAGCAAUUUAUCAGCAGUUCCGAAUGAUCCUGUAAAAGUGAACUCUCUGGAUACUUUUUUGCCAGCAAAUAGUGUAAAAGGGAUGUUUCUCCCUCCCAUUUCAGAAGAGCCGAACGAAAAAUUGCCGCCAGAGUAUAUACCAAGAGAAUCUGCUACUUUUGUGCCUCCAAAAGCCAAACAAAACCUUGAAUUUUUGACACAUUCAAGAAUUCCUACCCCAAUUGAUCCAGACCCAAAUGAUUUUGAUAGUUAUAAAGAAAGCAUCUGAAAUUCUGUAAAAAAUUGCAAUAUAUCAGAGCUACAAAGCUUAUUAAGCAUGCCUCAUUCUAUUACCUUUUUAGAAGACCCAAGAUCUGACUGAAUUCAUGGUGCAGAAAGAGUAUCCCAUUUCCUAUUAAAUAUUUAUUUUUUUUUUAAAAAAAUAAAUAUAUUCAGCAUAAUUCUAUAUAAGCCUACUAGCGGUAGCUGUGAGUACCUGCUAUCUACCAAUGGUAAAAACUCUUGUUGAAAGAAUCCCUAAAUCUGAAAUGGAUCGAGGGUACUCCCACGAAGGCUUCGAGCUCGGCAACAAAUUCACUAGAAAAAUAAGCCCGCUUCAACUAGCGUGUGCAAGAGGGCUUCAUAAAAUUCUGAAAAUAUUAUUAGACUAUGGAAGUUCUCCACACCUAAGUGGGACUUUUCAGUCAAAAAUCGGAAAUUGCACUAAAAGCAUUGAUAUGGGCGCCCCACCAAUUUUGAUAUGUGCCAAUAUUAAGUUUCAUAACUCGAAUUUGACUAUAGAAGGCCUUACUUAUGGAAAUAAAUCAGAAGAUGGGGACUGUGAUUAUUGCGAAUGCUUAAGGCUUUUAUUAGAAGCUUCUGCCAAUCCAAAUAUUGAGAUAGGAAGCCCUGUUAUGCCGACUCCUAUUUUUGCAGCAAUAAAUGAUGCAAAUGUGCUGAAAAUUUUGGUGAAGGCAGGAGCUGACCCUAAUAGAAUAAAUGAAAAAGGUCAUACACCUUUAUGGUGAUUUUCUAUAUAUAGCAUAUUAGACAUUUAAAAUUUUUUUAUUGGAGAUUAAUGGAAAAAUGUAUAUACGUUUUAUGUGAAAAAUAUGAUAAUGUUUCAGCAGCACAAGCUUUGGUUGAAGGUGGAGCUUUGGUGGAUCCACCUACGUGUAGACCAUUAUAUAUUGCAAUUAGUACAAAACAUACGAAUAUUGUAAAAUUUUUAAGGACAGCUGGAGCGUUGAUUAAUGGGUCAGAAACAUCUCCAAGCGCUCUACAAGUAGCGAUAUCAGCAAAUAAUAUAAAUAUGUGUAGAAUAAUAUUGGGAUGGCCUGAGUUAAAUAUUGAUUGAAAGUAUAUUGGAUUAUAUUUAAUUGAUAUUUUUUAUAAGAGUGAAAAUUAAAUUUAUAAAAAGCAAAGACUGAAUUAAUUAAUAUAUACUUUAAGAAAGAACUAGGUAUUUUUAACUAACCCUUGCCCUUUAAAUUAUACUGAAAAAAUUGUUCAAAUUUAAUGGAGAGUUAUUUUUUUUUAAAAAGCAAAUAAAAAAUUUUAUAUCAAAUUUAAAAUUAAAGGCAUAUAUUUUGUAUUGUAAUUAUUUUUAUAAAGAAUUAUUCAUAAAAUUAAUCGAUUAAGAGAAAAACUGUUUAAAAAUAGCAUUCUAUUUGCACUCCUUCCAUUAAUUUGGUCAAAGUUAUUUAUACAGAAAUUACUAUUUUCACCUACACAAUUUUCCAAUGAAAAAAUUAAAAUUUUUUUCUGAUUUAAAGGAUUAAUUUUUACCAAAAAUUGGGGCUAUUUGCUUCAAUUAAAAGGGGAGAGUAUGCAAUACUCUUAAUUUUGUUAUAGAAUACCAUACUAGUUUUCAAUUGUCUUAUUAAUAGUUUUUUAUAAAAAGAAUACUCAAUCAUACAGACAAAACGGUAAAAAUAUGUUCCACAGGAUCGCACAAAAUCAAGGGUCUGAAAUUUUUGAUUUAUUAAUGGCUCAUCGAUCUGAGCCAGAAUUUGAAAUUAUUGCCAGCGCUCUCAAUGACUCAACUUUUGCAGAUCCAAGCUUAGGAGAUACUAUCCCUUUAUUCUUUGCAUUAAAUGAUUUGAAACUAGCUAAAAAAUACCUUGAUUAUGGGUCUAAUAUUAAUCGGUUGAAUUUAGUAAAAAUUUUAGCUUCAAACCCUGCAGAUAAAGUCCUCUUUCAAUUUUUAGUAGAAAACGGAAUAGAUUAUGAAGCCACCUAUGAAGGAAAGUCUGCAAUAGUCUUAGCGUUAGAAAAAGGGAGGCUCGAUUGGAUUGAUUAUCUUAAAAAGAUCUCUUCAAAACAAGGACAAAAACCAUCAUAA